UCAAAACUCCAGACACCCUCGUGGUUUGUUUACAAACUUUAGCGAGUUUAGGAAUUGAAAAGAAGUAGCGAAAAUAAGAUGAGUUUCAGAAACUAUAAGGAUAAAAUUGAGGAAGGAGAUACAGCGAUACUGUAUCUGAGUAACAACCUAUAUGCCAUAGAUGUACGGCCUGAAAUGAAAAAUAAAAAAGGUGAAAUAGUGGAAAAUGUGUACCAAACUCCUUUCGGUGCUUUAAAAGUAAGAACUCUUAUUGGAGCCAACUAUGGAAGCCGGGUUGAGCUGUCAAAAGGUUGGGGUCAUGUUAUACAGCCUACUCCGGAGCUGUGGUCAUUGACCCUGCCUCAUCGCACACAGAUAAUAUACACUCCGGAUAUAAGCAUGAUUCUGUUACAACUUGAUUUGGUUCCUGGAUCCAUAGUUAUUGAAGCUGGUACUGGAAGUGGUUCCCUGACCCAUGCUCUGAUUAGAAGAGUGAGACCACAUGGCCACGUCUAUACAUUUGACUUCCAUGAACAUAGGAGUAAGGUUGCUCAAGAGGAAUUCCAAGAACAUGGUAUUGCGGAUUUUGUUACUGCGAAGCACCGAGAUGUACUAGCGGAUGGGUUUGGUGAGGAGCUGAAUGGUAAAGCUGAUGCAGUGUUCCUCGACUUGCCGAGCCCUUGGAUUGGAGUCCCUCAUGUUCUCAACGCCAUCAAGAAUCAAGGUGGAAGAUUCUGCUCAUUCUCUCCAUGCAUCGAGCAAGUCCAGCGAACAUGUUUGGCGCUACAAGACCAUGGCUUCCAAGAGAUAUCCACCAUGGAAGUGCUGCAGACGGAGAUCAAAAUCACCAGGAGAACUAUUCCAGUCAGAGAUUUGUCGUUCUUGAAACAAAAGAGCUCAGUAUCUCCAGUGGAAGAGAAGCCCAGCAGUGACACUAACUACGUGGUGGGCACUUGGCCGCAGUCCACGCCGGGCCACACUGGGUACCUCACCGUCGCCACGCUGCCGCCCCCAUAUGCACGCAGUAAGCCGAAGAAAACAACAAAAGUAGAAAACGAUGAGAAAAGCACUGAAAAUGGCGAUAAAAUGGCUGUUGAUGAAUGAUGUUUACGUAAUUACCUAUUAUUGUCAUAUUGUUAGCUAUUAAUAAAUGAAUAACGUAACUGUUGG